GUUAUUUUUAAUUCAGCAUGAGUACUUCUCUUAAGCUAGCUGUAGAAAAUUAGUUUAUUUUAUGUAAGUACGAAUAUAUAUGUAAAUAUAUGUAUGUUGUCGCCGGCUACUUGAGCUCUUUCCAUACUCGUCCGUGUCAGUUGAUGCUCAUCUUUCGACCGAUCCGGAUCUCUAAUCUGGGGAAAGACAAACGCUGGUUAAAUAUAGAAGUGCAUUCCACACAAACAAGCGUACCAAACAAUAUGUGUGUUUGGAAGGGUUUCUGCCUGCUGGCACUACUUUCUCUGGUGGUUUACAGCGAUUCCCUGCGUAUCCUGGGCCUGUUUCCGCAUCCAGCCAUGAGCCACUUUAAGUUCUUUCACCCGAUUAUGCGAGGACUAGCCGAAGCUGGUCACAGUGUGGACGUCAUCAGCCCAUUCGAGGACAAGGAUCCGCCAAAAGGCUAUAAGGAUUAUCUACUGCCGCCCUCCACACUGACGGACACUAUUCAUUUGGAGGACUUCGAGCGCCCUUUCCAUUACCUGUUCCACUACAUCGAGUACUUUGUCCUGUACAACAUGGGCAAAGAGGACUGUAACACCACCCUACACAGCGCAGCCCUAUCUGAGAUCCUGAAGAAUCCACCUGGUUACUACGAUGUCAUCCUGCUGGAGCAAUUCAAUACUGACUGUGCGAUGGGCGUGGCCCAUGUGCUCCAAGCACCGGUCAUUGGCAUGAGCAGUUGUGCCCUGAUGCCCUGGCACUACGAGCGAUUGGGUGCUCCUCUGAUCCCGUCCUAUAUCUCAGCUCUUUUCCAGGGACAAUCACAGGAGAUGUCCUUGGCGGGUAGACUCGGUAACUGGAUUACCGUACACUCGCUCAAUUUGCUGUACAAAAUCUUUUCAGUUCCCGCUGCCAAUGCGUUGAUCCGCCAGAGAUUCGGUCCCGGCUUGCCCUCCACCGAAGAUAUGGUCAGGAAUACCUCAUUAAUGCUGGUCAAUCAGCAUUUCUCGCUGAGUGGCCCAAAACCACUGCCACCAAAUGUCAUAGAAGUCGGAGGUGUGCACAUUAGGCCACCUGAACCUCUACCCUCAGAUCUGCAGAAAAUACUGGAUAAUGCCUCCAAAGGAGUCAUUCUCAUUAGCUGGGGCUCUCAGCUUAAGAUGAGUUCCCUUCCCGCUGCCCGAAGAGAUGGCAUAGUUCGUGCCCUGGGGAGAUUGGAGCAGCAGGUGAUCUGGAAGUAUAAAAACGACUCACUACCAAAUAAGCCUGCAAAUCUACAUAUCAGAAAGUGGCUACCUCAGCGUGACAUCCUCGCCCAUCCGAAUCUAAGGGUAUUUAUGUCCCACGGUGGAUUGAUGGGCACCACGGAGGCGGUGUCCAGUGCAGUGCCCAUUGUGGGUGUGCCCAUUUACGGCGACCAGUCGCUCAAUAUUGCCGCAUUGGUUCACCGAGGAAUGGCGCUGCAGCUGGAGUUCAAGAAACUUGAUGAGAAUACUGUCUUUGAAGCGCUGACCAAGGCACUGGAUCCCUCUUUCAAGGAAAGAGCUAAGGAGGUGGCCUCGGCCUACAACAAUCGCAUCCAGGAUCCUUUGGAGACGGCCAUCUGGUGGGUGGAACAUGUGGCGGAGACGAAGGGAGCUUCUCUGACCCAACCAAGUGCAGUACAUCUCUCCCGCUUCGUAUACUACUCCUUGGAUGUGUACUUGGUGGUUUUCCUAAUCCUUCUGCUGCCUGCGAUCAUCUUAGUCGGUUUAAUCCGACUGUGUAGGAAAGGAAAGCCUAAAUCUACUCCGAAGCUGAAACGAAAAUAAAACUAGUUCGUAGAUCACAUUUAGAUUAACUGCUCUGCUCUGGAAUGUAUAGAUUAUUUUCAAUGUUGAAUCAGAUUAAUUAAAUUAUAGCAUUAACAGUGACACGAAAUUGAUUAUUAGGAAAAUAUAAUGUCAGCCUUAUUAAUGUUUCAAAAACCAGAACAGAUCGGUUGCCGAAACCCCUAAUUUAUCUUAUUA